CUCUUCAAUGCUUUUUUGAAGCUUCCAAUCUCUGGGUUUCUGCCUGUCUUUGUGGUUUCUAUUGUAUAAAAAUUGCAAAUUUCAGGCAUACCGUCUUCAUUUACUUGAAAACAAAAAUCGACAAAAUCGUGCCCUGGCUAUUCUUGGGUUCAGCGUUUUUAUCCCUGAUCUUCAGCAUCGCUGCCUAUGACAUGACUGAGAAAGUGCUCUACAAAAUUACGAAUUCCACCAACCCAGCAAAUACAUGGAUAUUGAACUUCGAAACAGAUGAAAAUAUUUUACCUAUGCUUGUCAUCUACAGCUUCAUAUUUUCCACUCCAUUCAUGGGAGUGACCUCUUCUGCCCUUCUCCUCCUCUAUUCUCUCUGGAGACACAAAAGGCACAUGCAGACAAACUCAGGGAAGAAUCUCAAUGUGGAUGCACACAUCAAAGCCAUGAAAAACAUUAUGUUCUUCCUCUUCAUUUACAGCAUUAACUUUACAUAUUUGGCCUUGAAUAUGAUGACAAAGAAGGAUGAUCAUGUGAAUUUUUUCAUUUCAGUACUUCAGCAUACUUUUCCGACUGUCCAUUCCCUUAAUCUGAUCUUGAGUAACCCCAAACUGGAAAAGACAGUGCUGAAGGCUCUGUCCUGUGUGAAGUGCAAGGUUAUCAUGAGGAAGGAAUU